AUACAGUCAAAUAUAUUCGACCCAAUUUCCCAUAUUUUCUUACCAGAAGGAAAAAUGAAGAGUAUUGAAGCUCCAUUACUGGUGAAGAACAAACAAUCAGAAGAAGAAGAGAAAGAUAAAAUAAGAUGGGAGAAGAUGAAGAAGGUUGCUUCAAUGGCUGCUCCAAUGAUCGCCGUGAACAUGUCUCAGUAUCUUCUUCAGGCAACUUCAAUGAUGAUCGUUGGUCACCGGAGUGAACUCUACCUUGCCGGAAUCGCCCUUGGAAGCUCCUUCGCUAGCGUCACUGGUUUUGGUAUCCUCUUUGGACUUUCAGGUGCUUUGGAAACACUGUGUGGCCAAGCAUUUGGAGCAGAACAAUAUCACAAGCUUGGAUCCUACACUUUUACUUCCAUGAUUUUUCUCUUGAUCAUCGCUCUUCCGAUUUCUAUUCUCUGGAUGUUCAUGAACCAGAUCCUGAUUUUGCUUCACCAAGACCCUCAAAUCGCUGAGUUAGCAGCUGUUUACUGCCUCUGGCUCAUACCGGCAUUAUUCGGUUACUCGGUUCUCGAAUCGCUGGUUCGAUAUUUUCAGUCACAAAGAUUGAUCUUUCCAAUGGUCUUGAGCUCUCUAGCCGCUCUGGCUUUCCAUGUUCCUCUCUGUUGGCUAAUGGUUCACAGAUUCGAGUUUGGAGUCAAAGGAGCGGCUGUGUCUAUAGGUAUCUCCUACUGGCUUAACGCGAUUUUCCUUUGGGUUUACAUGAAACGCUCUCGAGCUUGUGUCCAAACGCGGAUUUAUAUGUCCAAAGAUGUGUUUCUUCACACAAGAAUCUUCUUUCAGUUUGCGGUUCCUUCUGCAAUGAUGUGUUGCCUUGAGUGGUUAGCUUUCGAGGUGAUUACUUUGCUAUCUGGUCUUCUACCCAACUCAAAGCUCGAGACUUCGGUUAUUUCGAUUUGUCUUACUACCUCUUCAUUGCAUUACAAUCUAGUAAAUGGAAUCGGUGAUGCAGCAAGUACCAAUGUGGCGAAUGAGCUAGGAGCUGGGAAUCCUCGAGGUGCUUGUGAUUCCGCAUCAGCUGCGAUAAUAAUUGCAGCUGUUGAGUCAGUUGUUGUAAGCUCUACUCUCUUCUUAUCUCGUAAUGUAUGGCCUUAUGCUUAUAGCAAUGUGGAGGAAGUAACUCGCUAUGUGACCGAGAUCACUCCCAUUCUUUGCAUUUCAAUCCUAAUGGACAGCUUCUUGACCGUCCUCUCAGGAAUUGUGAGAGGAACAGGGUGGCAGAAAAUUGGAGCGUAUGUGAACAUAGCUUCUUAUUAUAUCAUUGGUAUUCCAAUUGGACUUCUAUUGUGUUUUCAUCUUCACUUCAAUGGGAAAGGACUUUGGGUUGGUUUAGUCUCAGGAUCAACGCUACAAACGCUAAUUCUCUCUCUUGUAGUUGGAUUCACCAAUUGGUCCAAAGAGGCAAUCAAGGCUAGGGAGAGAACACUAGAUGAGAAAGUUUGGAAACAUGACCCAUUGGUUAACUGAAGAUGGAUGAAUUAGUUGAACAUUGAUUUGCCUUUUUAGUUAGAUUGAUCAAAAAACUUCAACGGUUUUGGAUUUUGAUAUUUUUCUACUCUACUAAUUCCUUAAAAAAAUGUAUAUGCUAAAAAUGUAUGGGACCUAAAUAAAGUCAAGCGUUGAUUUUGAGAGAGAA